GUUGCAGAUGCAAAGAAGUCCUUAGAACUCAACCCCAGUAACGCUGUAGCUUUUCUCAGGAAAGGGUUAGGUGAAUAUCAUAUGAAAAACUACACAUCUGCUUUAGAGUCUUUCAGAGAGGGACAGAAGUUGGACAAUGUAGAUCAUACCUUUACUGUUUGGAUUAAAAGAUGUGAGGAAACACUAAAUGUAUCGCAGACUGAAAUGAAUAUACAACAGCAACCUCUGCCAUCAAAGAUCAAGUAUGACUGGUACCAAACAGAAUCUCAAGUAAUUGUGACUAUCAUGAUCAAGAAUGCACAGAAGGAUGGUGUCAGAGUACGGUUCUCAGAGAAAGAGAUGAAUGCAUCAGUGAGACUUCCAUCCGGUGAAGACUACAACUUAAAGCUUGUUCUUCUUCAUUCUAUAGUGCCAGAGCAAAGUACAUUUAAAGUGCUUUCAACAAAGGUUGAGAUAAAAAUGAAGAAGCCAGAAGCUGUAAGAUGGGAGAAGCUAGAGGGACAGGGAGAUUCUCCGAAGUUAAAGCAAUUUACACCAGAUACCCAGCACUUAUAUCCUUCAUCCUCUCACUAUACAAGGAAUUGGGACAAACUGGUGGUUGAGAUCAAGGAAGAGGAGAAGAAUGAAAAGUUAGAAGGAGAUGCUGCUUUAAAUAAACUAUUUCAGCAGAUCUAUUCAGAUGGCACAGAUGAAGUGAAACGUGCCAUGAACAAAUCAUUUAUGGAAUCUGGAGGCACAGUUCUGAGCACUAACUGGUCAGACGUUGGUAAAAGGAAGGUAGAAGUAAACCCUCCUGAUGACAUGGAAUGGAAAAAAUUCUAAUCUUUGAUUUUUGUCUUUUACCAUCUAUGUUUUGGCAUAGUCAUGUACUGACCACUGUGUAUGGACAUAGCAUUCUUGGAUUCAAAGCACUGAAUAUUCCU